UUAAUUUGUUUAUUUAUACUUACAUCUUAACCUCGCAUGAUUUCUCAUGAUUGCAAAAAGGGCAAUUGAACUGUGUAUCUAAUGGUUGAAUGGCUUUCUUUUUACUCGGUGGCUUCCGUUUACUUUUUCGCCGGCCCAUAACGUUGAGAUCGUAUCAAAUUACACUGAUUUUUAUUAAAAAAUUUACAUUCACGAACUACAAAUCCGCCUGCCAAGCUUCUACAAUCUUGUGUUUAUAUAGUACAAUGUAUGUAUAAUCACAUUGUAUAUGUAUACUAUUGUAUACAUACUACACUAGUGUAAUACAGUACGUGUAGACAACGUGGUUAAAACAGGUUAAAAUAUUUGUUCUUAAAACUGUGUUGAAUAACAAAUUCUGAAAUUUUAAUCGUAUAAAACGUAAUUUAAGUAUUAGUGUAUGCUUUAUUUAGUAUUGAUAUUGUUAUGUCAUGAACACUCUUAGUGUAAAUUUGUCUAUACCUUUUCCAUCAAAAAGAGAAGCAGAGAUUGCUUAUGAAGUGCUAAGAGUUGAUAAAGAACCUUCAAGAGGAAGUGUCAUAAAGAAUUUAACAGUAGAUAAUAACUUAGUACAUAUAUCGAUUUCUGGGACUGAAGCGAGGAAAGUUCGAGUGGCAUUGACAUCUUUUUUUGAUAAUUUAAUUUUGGUAACAGAAACCAUGCAGCAAUUUGGUCCUUCUGCACCAAGUUAUGAUUAUUAUUAGACCAAUAAUAAUUGAU